CGUGAGUGAAAUUGUGUGACUCCAAAAACCAAAACGUGUUAAAUGGCUUCGGGUAACUGGCUUAAAACUGACGCGAAAUAAAACUGCCAACAGCUACAACCAGAUGCAGAAAGCAUAAGCAAGCAAACAAGCAAAAACAACACCUACAGCAGCAGCAGCAACAACAACGCAAUUGUGAUAGACAAAGAAAUAGAUUAAUAAGGGAAGAAAACAGCAAAAGAGAACGAAGUGCCCACAAAACGCAACAACCCAAGCACUGCGGGGGCAAAUGGGAAUAUAUAUUUUUGCAUAAACAACAUAUUAAUGAGGAAAAACAGAAAUACAUUUAGGCAAACGGUUUUACACACUUGCAUACGUAUUUGAUACGCAACGAAAAUAGCUUUAAAGUAAUAAGUAAUAAGCAUAAGCAAGAAGAAGCAGCGGAAAAAGCAAAGCGAUACAAAAUAAAUAAGAAAAUCAUUUGAAGUAAACGUAAAAUAAAACAAUAUAAUACUCGUGCUGAAAGAGACGAAGCAGAAGAGAAGGCUAAACCAAAGCAAAAAGCAAAGAAGAAGAGGCUUGUCGUGUUGUUGUUGACUCGACUUGGCGUCGACGCUGCGCAGCGCUGCUGUCGCUGGCCACAAAUAAAAACAACACAGGCACGGCCACAGCUGAUGUAAAAUAAUUUUCAGUGCUUUUGUGUUCGUGCUCGUUUACAAUUGAUUAAAACCAAAACACACAAACGCUCCACACCCACACAGGCGCGCCAUUGUGAAAAUUGAUCAAAGAUUACAAGCAUAACCGCCAGGUGGCAGCACCAGACUUCGGCGCCACACACACACACACACACACACUUACACGAAACCGCAAGCACACACGUACAGAUGAAGGAACAAAACCAAUACUAUUGAAGCACUGCCAAACCAUAAGUGUAGCGAGCAGAGAGGAGACGAAAGCGGUGUAGCUCACUGGGGGGAUACACCGAGAGAAGGGAUAGAGAAACAGCUACAUGAUGCUGUACGUAUUCCAUGUGGACGUCGGUCGCAUGCUGAGCUUCGACAUGAACGUGGCCCUGCAGUCCGUGGAGAACCUGAAGGAGACAAUACAGAAGCUGCACGGCAUUCCCGCCGUCAAUAUUGUGCUGCUGGUGAGCGGGGGCGAGAUGCUGACGCACUCCACCCAGGUGUCGUGCUACUCGGCUGGCACCGACACCAAUCCCAUUUACAUGUUUCUCACAGGCGACGAGCGGCUGGCGCCUACGAUACAGAACAGCGACGCCGACGCGGAGCUGCGGCGUCAGGUGGAGGAGAGCCACAGACUGCCGCCGGCCCUCGAGACAGUGCGCCAGCGGGCCCAGCUGGCGCAGCACAUGCGUGAGCUGGCGCGCAAGGAGGAGGCGCUUUGCGAGCGACUGGUCCACGAGCAGCACCUGCAGCAGCAGGGCUGGUCGGCUGUGGUGGCCAACAUGGAGGAUCUGACCAUCGAGUUCCGUGAGCGCUUCCACAACUUCUGUCUGGCCUUCGAUCGGCACCUGCAGAAGCGGGACAGCUACCUGGAGCUGUUGAGGAACUUCUCCGAUGAUCUCAAGCAGCUUGCCAGGAUUCCCAUACUGCCUGGCCUCAUGGCUCUCGCCGAGGCCGAUUUUCAUGGCUUCGACGAGCUGCUGGACAACGAUGAUGUGUUUGCCCAGCAGCAACAGCAGGAGCAGCAGCAGCAGCAGCAGCAGGGUCUGAAUGAGUCGUCGCAAGCAGACUCGCCCAACAAAAAACUCAAGAUGGGCGAUGAGAAGGAGGGAGCUGACGAGGGCUCCGGUCAGGGCGUGCCCGCGGACGACACGCAGGCGGCAACCAGAGUGUCGCAGACCUCCACCACCUCCAGCUCCAUGGUGCGUCGCCACAAUUUGAAUCUACUGCAGUGGAUCAGCUCAAAGGGAAACCACAGUACGCUGCAGCUGAUGUCGGACGAGUGCAUCCAAGGGCUGCACAUCUUCAGCGCGGAUAUAUAUGAAAAGCUCAAGGAGGAGGUGCAACAAAUCAUCAAGUUGGCCAAUCAGGGCGAUGUUAAGGAGAUAAAGGGGCUCAGCGACCGCCUGUGCAAACUGGAGGACUUCAAGUUCCGUAUAAAGAAGAUGGUGCAGGAGCAGAAGGAGCAGGCCCUGGCCCUCCAGCAGAACGAGGCGCGUGCGCAGAAUCUGCGCGACAAUUCCGUGCUGCCCGACUUGUGCCUCUCGCACUGCACUCAGCUGCAGGUGAUGCUAGAGAACCACAUUAAGAUCCGCGAAUACUGCCGCUGCAUAGCCAACUCCAAGGAUGAGCUGGGCAAGAACCUGCACACGCGUCUGCGGCGCAUCGUGUGGAUCGAGAACGGCAUGAGCGAGUUCGACAACCGACUUCUCUUCAAUCACCGCUGCCUGAGGCGGGCCGAGCGGCACAUAAGCAUCAUCGAGCAGAUCCACAGGGCCCCUUGCACCUAUGUGGCGGCUGUGGCGGAGGUGGUGCGUCGGAAAAUAUUCUCCGAUGAGUUCCGUCAGUGGGCCACGCGGCUCUCGAUCGACUUCGACCGCAUCCACAGCGAGGAGCUGCGUCGCCGGGGAGAGUUCAACGCCAGCUUCGACGGCCACUUCUUGAACAUCCUCUUUCCCGGCAUGGGCGACAUGCCGCCCGCCUUUGCCAACGAGCAUCCCCUCAGCUUCGAUACGCGACUCCCGCCGCUGAACAGAUCGGACAUUGAGCUGCUAUCUGUGCAGCUCCCAGAGCUGGCCUCCCAGCUCCAGUUGCCGAACAUGAGGCCUGUGAUAGAUUUCUUUGUGCAUCGAUCUGGUUUGGGCAGGGAGCGCGAGCAGGAGGAGUCCGAGCAGGAGCCUCCUCUGUUGGCUCCUCGACUGGUUGAGCUGCAAGGAGCCGCGGCCGCCUCCGCGUCGGCCACAUCUGACUGCGAAACGGACACGGAAACAGAGUUUGAAAAACUGACGACGGCCGUCAGGUCCGUGAGCACGACUACGAGCGGCAUCGUUGGCGAGCAGAUAGCCAGGAGCACGGCCACGGAGGAGCUGCUGAUGCUCAGUGCCGGCACCCUCACCGAGGAGAAUGGGGCCAGCGUCCAGAGGAUGCGCGGGGCCAUCGAGGACAUGUCCAAACUGGCUCUGGCCUGUCUGGCCGAGGCUCGUACCAACUUGGGCACGUUCCGUAGCGACGCCACUGGUUACCAGGACGAGCUGCAGUCGGAGCUGCAGCUGCUGCAGGAUAAGUGGAACGUGCUGCGCAUGCAGUGCGAGGAGCGCGAGCGGCAGGGCCAGGAGCAGCUGGAGGAGCUGCGCCUCAAGCUGGAGGUGGCGGAGCGAGACAAGCUGGCAGCUGUGGCACAGGCCAGGGAGCAGCUGAUCCACGAGCACAAAACAGAACUGGAGUCUCUGCGCUGCCGCUUCAAGCUGAUGACCUCCAUGGAACGCUCGCCCUCGGACAGCAGUCUGGAGAAGCUGGAGCGUCCCACGAGCAGUGCCAGCGUGGCCAGCGCCAGCGCCACCGUGGAUGUGGACCAGCUGCUGUUCCAGCAGCGCCAGGAGAUGCUGGCUCAGCACGAGCGAGCCAUCAGCGAGGCCGUGGAGUCGGAGCGCUCCUUGUGGCAGUCGCGCCUGCUCCCAUUGAACUCAGAAUCUGUGAUGGCCAACGUGGGCAUACUGAAGGACAUGCUGGCCGAAAAGGAGCGGCAGCUGGAGCAGCUGCGAGAGCAGAACCAGUUCCUCACCCAGGAGUCGUACCAGCUGAAGACGCGCCUGGAGAUGAUUACCAACGAGGACGGCAACAGCUGGCUCAAGGAGAAGAUCGACUAUCUGAAUCGGGACAAGUGUCGGCUUGAGGAAGAGCUCAACCAAGAGAAGACCAAGCGCCUGGAAAUGGAGACCAGUGUGGCGGCCAUGAAGAGCUCCAGCUACGAUCUGCCUUCAAUGGGCGGUACUCUGACCCGUUCCAAGUCAGCUGGCGGUUCCUGUCAUCGGUCCAUUGCCCUGGAGGGCUGCGCCAGGGGCGAUCUAGUCUUCGUCGUGUGGAGCAUGCGCCAUGCCCAGUUCAUGGUCGUACAGGACUCGCUCACCCUCUACUUUGUCCAUGGGGAUAGCUUGGCCGGACUCCAGCUGACGCCUCCAAGCACACUCGCUCCGGUUUCUGGCGCUGCUGACGCCUCCGUGGCCGUGCCCGUGGCCAUGGCCGUAGCGGAUUUGAAUCAAAUCCCUAUGCCUUACUAUGCCAUUGGUCGAGUUGUGGACAAAGAGUAUUGCCAGGCGCGAAAGGACGACAAUCGGUACCGCGUCAGUAGGGGCUCCAAGUUCUAUCGGAUCAAGCUGGCGCCCAUGCCGUCUCGAUACGCUUCGCGGCGAGAGCGUUUAGAAUCGAGCUCAGCCGGCCCAGCGACAGGCUCAGCACCAGCGGCAGUGGCAUCAUUGACUCGAGAUGCAGUCGAUGCGCCAGGCACAUCCGGCAGCAGUGUCUAUCUGGGCUUCAAGCAGCGCACUGUGAGCAUCACGAGCGUGAACGAGGAGGACGACGAGUCCGCUUCGUUGCUCAGCGAGCGCUGUCGCUACAUUAGCGUGAGCGAAGAAGAUGAACUGCUUGCUGCAGGCGGCACAGCAAUGGUAGCAACGGUCCCAACGGUAGCGGCAACAGCAUUAGCGGUUGCAGCGGAAGCAGGGGCAGGAGCAGCAACUCAAGCACAGUCUGUGAUAACAGAGCAGCCAACGGCAUCGAGCAAACUUAAACUGGAUCUACUGUUGGCCUCUGCUGAUAUAAUAACACAACCCCUAACACAACUACCAGAGCGUCAGGACGAGGCGACUGCACCGCCUGUAGCGCCUGUAGCGCCUGUGGCGGGUCGGAAUCCGAAUGAAGCAGCGACCGGCGAGUCGGAGGCGACUGCAGAUGCGAAGGAGCCACAACCAAUUACCAUCUAUGUGCCCGCAGCUCCGGGAAAACCUGCGGGUGUUAGGGCGGAGGAGCCUGUUAUAUCCACUACAGCACCCAUAAUACCAAUGUCGAGUGGUACGGCGGCCAUAAGCGAGGACUCUGACACCGAGUACCGCUCGCUGGAGGGCAGGGAGGACACGGAGGCCGAUGCUGAUGCCGAUUUUCCCAUUUCCGAAUAGGAUACGAUAAUUGAGAGUAAAAUAUAUAUAACUACGUACAUAUAUACAUAUUUAUGUAUAUGGCGUGUGUAUCUAGGCUAGAUCUUUUACUCAAUGUAGGAACUGAACCGAACCGAAAGUUAAGCCGGGCCGGGCAGGGCCACAAAACCCUCUACACCGACACCGACAGAUCAACAACAAAACCAGCCACUCCCCUAAAACAGCAACGGAAAACAACAGCAACAGCAACGUGAAACGCUAGACAUACAUACUUAAAUAAUUUAAAGUUUAACAAGUGCAGAAUACAUAUAUAUUCAAAAGAAAAACAAUAACUAUAGCUAAAGCUAAAGCUAAACGGAAAGCAAAUGUUUUAAUGUAGUCUACAUAAUGUACUAUAACCUAAUCGAAGACUCCUGUAAAUGAGUUCGAAGAGGGCCUCUCUCUCCCUUUCUACACACACCACCCACCCACACACACACAAAACACACAACAGCACAUGUUGCAAUAUUGAAAUAAAAUUAAGAUACGCUGACAA